UCGAAGAACUCGAACAACAAUAUCAAGAAAAACCGGCAAACUUGGAACGCUUCGAGUCGACACGGAGAGUUCUAAUAACUACCUACCUAGUCAGGUAGCAGAAGAAGAGAAAGAAAAUAUCAAGCAGCAGAAUUCUAAAGAACGAAUAAAAUAGAAAAAGACGGCCAAUUUUCGAGGUUUCUACCACCAAGAGAGAGAGAUUCCACAGAAGUAGAAGAAAAAAAAAUUACCCAGACCAAAGGGCCCGACCAUGAUCUCCCUCCUGACAACCCUCCUCAAACGCCGCCGCCGGCCUCCCCCCUACAUCCUCUGCACAACCCUCAUCAGCGUCGGCGGCCUCCUCUUCGGCCUGGACACAGGCUGCAUCGGCCCGAUCACCACCAUGCCGCAAUUCCAAGACUCCCUCGGCGGCGGGGACCUCAGCGCCACGGUCCACGGCCUCAUCGUCUCCUCGAUCCUGAUCCCCGCCGCCAUCGCCUCGUUCUUCGCAGGCCCGCUCGCCGACCGCCUCGGCCGGCGCAAGGGCGUGAGCAUCGGGGGGGUGAUCUUCGCGUUGGGCGCGGCGCUCGAGGCGGGCAGUACGGAUCUGGCCAUGUUGUUCGUCGGACGCGUCCUCGCGGGGGUCGGGGAGGGCCUGUUCCUCAGUCCGGUCCUCGUGUAUGUGUGUGAGGUGGCGCCGCCGCGGGAGAGGGGUGUGUUGGCCAACGUCUCGCAGCUUCUGACCACCGCGGGGAUCUGUGGCGGGUAUUUCGUGUGUUAUGGCACGGUGAGACUGUCGGGGAGUAGUUUCGGUUGGAGGGUUCCGUUUGUGCUGCAGAGCGCCAUCGCGCUGGCGUAUGCCGUCGCCGUGAUGGCCUGCGUUCCCGAGAGUCCAAGGUGGUUGGAGAUGAAGGGACGGAGGGCGGAGGCGAAGACUACGUGGGAGGUCCUGGGGGUGAGUGCUGCGGAGGCGGAGAAAGUUGAUGAGCAGGCGGCGGCGGAGACGCAAGCGAGUUCUUCCACUCUACCUCCGAGUCUUGACCGGUCCGAUCUCGAGGGGACCGUGGCGAAAACGAAGGCACAUGCGCUCCUCCGAGUUUUCCGCAAAGAUGUCCGGACACGCACUCUUCUCGGCGUCUUCAUGAGCGGCUUCCAACAGCUCUCCGGAAUCGACGGGGUUCUUUUCUAUGCACCAUUGCUCUUCGCAAGAGCUGGACUGACCAGCUCCGAAGCCUCCUUCCUGGCAUCCGGAGUCAGCGGUCUCCUCAUGAUGGUCGUCACGGUACCCGCCUUCCUCCUUGCCGACCGCUGGGGACGACGUACCUCCACCAUCGUCGGCGGAUUGGUCCUGGCCGCCUGCAUGCUCAUCAUCGGCAGCCUGUACGCAUCGAACAGCGUAUACGGCGAUCGCGGGGCAGCACGAUGGGUGGUGAUUGUGCUGAUUUAUAUUUUUGCGCUAGUCUAUUGCAUGACUUGGGCCGUCGGCGUGCGCGUGCAUGCCUCGGAGAUCCAGCCACGUCGCACCAAAGCCACGGCGACGGGACUGGCACAGACGUCCAAUUGGACGAUGAAUUGGAUCGUGGCAUUCACCACGCCAAUUUUCCUGGCGAAAAGCUCCUUUGGAGUGUAUUUCCUCUUUGGAGGUUGUAUUCUUCUUAUGGUUGCGGUUUGUGCGGCCAUGGUACCGGAGACGAUGGGCAGGAGUUUGGAGGAGAUCGAUGAGGCGUUCGAUCAUCAUCAUCAUCAUCGUGAUGGUCAUGUUCACCCUCAUGGCGUGCCGAGUCUUGUGGGCGAUGUCGGCAGGCUUUGGACGACAUGGAGUAGUGGUGGCCGGAAGAAUGCACCAAGGAUGGAGCAGGAGGAGAUUGAGCUUUCCGUCCUUUCGUAGACUUCCAAUCGGAUGAUGCUCGGGCAUAGGUUCUUCAGAUCGUAGAAUCCACAAUUUCAGAUCUAUCUUGUCUUUUUUCAUGGGCCAGGCCGUCCAGAAGGCACACUGGGAAACGCAUCGGGCGUCUGUAGUCUUUGGAGAUUCCUCCUCGCCAUCUCCGCCUCCCGUUUCUUCUGCAGACGCAUCUGAAAGAACUGUUUCUGCAGUUCGAAAAUCCUCGGUCCGUCAAUAGUCACUUUCGACGCCGCUGUCUGUCCCGCCGCUCCUUUCUUCUUCUCCUCGAGCGCCUUCAGUUGCUCAUCCUUCUCCUUUUCCUCCUCGGC